GCUCUGGCCAUGGCGGCCAAGGAGGACGUGGAGCUGUCCCUGAUGCGCCGCGCGGCCGCCAUCACCUCCGAGCUCUUCACCAAGUUCUUCAAGGAGAGGGUCAUGGAGAUCGUCGACGCCGACGAGAAAGUUCGUCACAGCAAACUGGCCGAGGCCGUGGAAAAGGCCAUCGAGGAGAAGAAGUUCCUGGGUGGGGCCGACCCCUCGGCCGUGGAGAUGUGCUACCCCCCCAUCAUCCAGAGCGGCGGAAACUACAGCCUCAAGUUCAGCGUCGUCAGCGACAAGUCUCACAUGCACUUCGGGGCCAUCACCUGCUCCAUGGGGAUCCGUUACAAAUCCUACUGCUCCAACCUGGUCCGGACCCUGAUGGUGGAUCCCCCCCAGGAGAUGCAGGAUCACUACUCCUUCCUGCUGCAGCUGCAGGAGCUGCUCAUCCGCGAGAUGAGACACGGGGCCAAACUGUGCGACGUCUACGGGGCCGUGAUGGACGUGGUGAAGAAACAGAAACCCGAAUUACUGCCCAAAAUCACCAAAAAUUUGGGGUUUGCGAUGGGCAUCGAGUUCCGCGAGGGUUCCCUGGUCAUCAACAGCAAGAACCAGCAGCGCCUGCGCAAAGGUCAGAGCACCAAAAUCACCCUUUUUCCACCCAAAACCCUCCCUCUCCAACACAAACAUUUUUCUCCUCCCAAAAGGG